CAAAGAAAAUCCGGUGAACGUUGAAUGCUCAAACGGCUUGUCCCAUCCGAUGUUCACAACUGUGAACAUCGAAUGGUCAGAUUUAGAAAUUUACACUAACACCAUCACAACAAUUAUCAAAGUGUGCGUGUGUUUCAAUGCGAAGCUUCAUUGAACAGCGAACUUCUUCUUUUGCACCCUUCGAAUAGCGAAGACUUGUUUUUGUUAACGCUUGACAAUUGCAGUUUGUUUUGAUAUUUUCACGCGCGGUUUUUUUAGUCACGGUGAAUUUGCGUUCAAAAUAGUUUUUAUCGGCAAAUAACACCAAGUUUGAAGCAAAAACUGGCCCACAAAAGUCGGCCGAGGUAAGUUUGACCGAUUCCCGACUGUUUAAAUAAGUGUCUGCUUUGUUUACAGGUUUCAGGAUAACGCGAUAUUUUUCGUUCCAGUGAAGUUUGCUACAAAACAACUCAUCAACGCAAGUACGCUCGAAUCUUCCGUCGUGUCCGGCGUUGUUCCGACGUCCACUGGGAGUUGCGCUGGAAGUCAAACUGCACCGUACCAGUGGAAACGGCUGGAGGGAAUUUGGCUGCACUACGAGGCGUUGAAUUGUGGCGAAUUCGUGUACUAUACGGUGUCACGCCAGAUCCGGAGCAAUUUGGGGCUACUUUGUCUCGGUUUUGGUCGCCGUGGGUUGUUCGAAUGGUGCAAAAAGCCAAGAAGGAUGACGUGCUGCGGUUUUUACGGUGGAAAUGCUUCAGAUCAACCCGAUCACAGCUGCAACGUUGACGACUCCUCUCGAAGCAGGACGAAAAUCUCUACGACUAAUUCGGCUAACGAAUGCUGGCCCGGGUGACAACCACUCGGCUUCGUGGGCUGGUAAACCGGUGAUCACAAGCGCAAGUCGGUCCGCUGUUGCAUCGUUGACCAAACCUGCCGGUGCUGGCGUUGAACAUGCUGAGGGAGGGUCAGAAGAUUCGCGGACUGACGGAUACGACCAUGCCGCGCCGUCUCGGACCGAAGCCUGCGACCAACAUCCGCAAGCUGUACAACUUGGCCAAGUUUGUGGUGAAGUACCCGCUGCCGGAGGAGGACGGCAAGAAGGCUAAGUCCAAAACGCCCAAAAUCCAGCGUGUUAUCACGCUGGUGGUGCUUCAAGGCAAGAGACAUCGUCUGGUCAAGAAGAAGCGUUGCGUCACGACCGAGUACAUGAAAGUGCUGGCCCUGCGCCGUCGGAGCGUAUCUGCCGCCGGACCCGACUGUCUUCGAUGCGUGAAUCGCUCAACUCACUGGGAUCCGAGAAGGAGACGGACAAGACUGAUCGAAGCUGCCAAGAAGCGCGACGAGGCCAAGACCGUCAGGAUGUCCGAGGCCGGCAAGAAAGCUGUCGCCGAGGAAAAGAAUAUCGUGAAAAAGGACGGAGCAGAUCGGUUAUGGCAGCGCGGCCAAGAAGGAGGAGAAACAGAGGAAGUAAAGAGGUGACCUGGCCUGGCGGUUUAUCUAAUUUGAUCGUAAUGGUGACACAAAAAUUUAGAGUUAAGAAAUCCUACCACACUCUGCAGAAUAGACUUAAAUCAAUAGUUAACAUAACAAUUUGAUAUUAAUAAAACAAAAUACUGCUUGCUUUUUAAUCUCAUAUUCUUAGGAGGAAUAUGAAUCAAAACAUUUUUUUUAUUGCUUGAACACCAAAUAAAACUUAAAUGAGCGUGAUUUCAAUAUUCAAUGCUUAGAUUUGUUUUAUUUACCGUGUUGAAGCAAUAAAAAUAAAAUGUUUUAAUUAAUAUUUUACGUACAUAUUUGGUUUGCGUCCUGGGGGGAAAAAAAGCCACCUAGUGGUGAAAAGCAGUACUAGCCUAGCCGCAGCAAUGUACAGUGGCGCCGCCAGUGGUGAAUAGUGCAAACAGCCAAAAGCUGCGGGCGGCGACACGCACACAAUCAAACCAACUGUCAAGUUUAGAGAAAGACAAGUUGAACAUCGGAUGGUCAACGCGCUUUGAGCAUCGAAUUCUCAUGAUCGUUUAUGAUCAUUCGAUGUUCAAGAUUCUGGUACCAAUGCUCAUAAAAUUCGCAUUGGCGGUUUUGCGUGUA